AUGGAAACGACAGAAGCUAAGAGUCCAAAAAUGGCUGAACAAGACGAAACUCUGCGGCAAGUGCUAAAUAAUAUCGCAAAAGAAAGAGGGUAUACCGACUAUGAUAUAAGUACCAAGCCGACGACAACCGAAGGAGCAAACUACAGCAGCGUACUCUUCUUAGCGAAAAUCACCGAAAAAGGUAAAGAUGACCUGAAACUCUUCGCCAAAGUCGCCUGUGUUGGCGAAAAAGUGCGAGAGGUGGCGCCUCUAGAGGUAUUCAAAACAGAGAUCUUUUUCUACACCAAUUUAGUGAAAACUUAUCGAGAGAUAGAAUUAAGGCACGGCGUGCCUGAAGACGAGAGACUGGUGACGACCAAGUUUUAUGGCAGCAACGAUGAGUACUUGAAAGAGACCUUGGUCAUGGAAGACUUGACAGCAAAAGGGUAUGAAAUGUUUGAUCGCUUUACGACCUUCGAUUGGGAGUACGCGAAAGAAGCAAUCAAGCAAUUGGCUAAGUUACACGCUCUCUCCAUUACUUAUUCUUUAGAGAAACCAGAAGAGUUCGAGAAGAAGACGGAGAGUUUAGUAAUAAAGUUCAACGCUGACUGCAUGCAAGAUAUGAUGAAGGGCAACAUAGCGAACUCCAUGACAGCUGUGAAAGAGGAAUAUAAGGAUCGGGUAGAGAAGUUCUUCGAGGAGAUGAUGAGCGCUGAGAAGUUCUUCUUCUUGACGCAGGCGCAUAAACGUUUGGUGUUGGCGCAUGGUGACUAUCGUCCUAGUAAUCUUAUGCAUAAAUUAAACGAGGAUGGCACCUACAGUAUAAUCCCAAUUGACUACCAGACCCUCAACCGGGGUAACCCAAUCGUGGAUCUCCUGUAUUUAAUCUACAACGGAUCAGAUCAGCAGUUCCGCAGAGCACAUCUUGACGAAGCUUUCGACUACUACCAUUCAGAGCUGAGUGCAUCGCUACAGCGUUUUGGACUGAAGCCUGAUGAUGUGUAUUCGAAGGACGAUUUCGACUUUGAUUUACAACAGGUACGACCCUACGGUCUUCUCAUCAGCUUCAUGCUUCUACUUCUGGUGACAGUGGAUUUGGAAAACAUCCCAACGGUCUCGGGAGAAGCGGAUUUCACCGCCUUCAACAUUAAACCGAGCGAGACAUACAAAAAGAGGAUUAACGAAAUAAUCGAAGAAUACAUUGAGUUGGGAGUGCUGUAG